AUGGAUAAAAUGAAGGCUGACGUGCGUGACACUAAGAUCUUCCAUGCCAAGAGCUUUGGUGGCAAGGCUGAAAAGGUUAAGCUGUCACUUGCAAAGCGCAAUGUCAAGAGAUAUAAAAAGGUCCAGAAAGUGGCAAAAACAGCAGUAGAUGAAACUUCUGUGCUUCUAACAAAUGAUACUGGGUACAUAAAAGUUGAUGAAGGCGAAAAAAGCUACCAAGUGUCUCAAUCGCAAUUGAUAGAUGCUGUAGAUAUCGGUACCAAAAGAAAGGCAUUCACAUUACAGUUACAACAUGGACCAUAUAAUUGUGAUUAUACACAAGAUGGAAGAUAUAUGCUCAUAGGAGGAGAUAAAGGGCAAUUAGCGAUGUUCGACGCUAUAGAUAUGAAACCGUGCUUCGAUAUAUCGGUAAAACAAACCAUUAGGGAUGUCCAAUUACUUGAUAAUCAUGAACUAUUUGCUGUAGCACAGAAAAAAUAUGUUCAUAUAUAUGAUAACAACGGGACGGAAGUCUACUGUCUAAGGGAUCUCGGACUUACAUACCAACUUGAGUAUAUGGCACCAUUCUGGCUUCUAGUCUCCAUAGGGGAAUUUGGUGAACUGUGCUGGCAAGAUAUAUCUAGUGGUGAGGUAGUAGCAAGGUUCAAGACACGAAAGGGGCCUUGCAAGCUAAUGAGACAUAAUAGAGAUAACGGGGUUGUACAUCUCGGACACAACAAUGGUGUGGUAACGCUAUGGACACCUAAUGAAGGACGGCCCGCGGUACAAAUGAUGGUACACAAAGGACCUGUUAUGUCUAUGGCAGUACAUAAUAACUACAUGGCAACAUCUGGUUACGAUGGAUUCUGGAGUAUCUGGGACCUACGCAACUAUAACAAAGCUCUCAACAGACAGUUUACUGGGAAAACACCACCACAAGCCAUGGCAGUAAGCCAGAGAGGAGUACUGGCCAUGGCAUUAGGUGGCCGUGUAGAAUACUAUCGUGAUGUAUUCUCACGGAUAGGUGGUACCGAGCCUAGUUUGUACCUCAAACACCAAUUUAAUGGAGAACUUGUAAGGGAUAUCAAGUUCCAACCUUUCGAAGAUAUAUGCGCAGCAGGUACCACUACAGGUAUAUCCACAAUAAUCGUACCGGGAUCUGGUAUAGCAAACUUUGAUGCAUUCGCACCCAACCCUUACGAGUCAAGUAAAAAGAGACAAAUACAACGAUUACUUGAUAAAAUACCAUAUGACACCAUCACGACGAAACAGAUCGAUAUUGGUGCAUAUAAUCGUGACUAUAGGACUGCCGGUAAAGAAGACGGAUCAACAACGGCAACCGUCUUCGACAGUGGAGGUGAGGUGUUGAAGAACAAACACAAGAAACGACGAGCACUCAAAGCAAGCACUGCGAAGAAGGUAAGUAUAGAGCAUAUGUUAAGUAAUUAUAUACAGCUAACGGUAUACGAACGUACUUUCCAGAGAAGACAGCAAGCAGCAAAGGACAGAUUGCAGAAUCUAAAACGAGAGAAGGUAGGAGGUGCGGAAGCAAAGAAACGUAUUAUCGAUGCUAUGACAUUCGAAGAUUCGACUGGAGAACGACGGGUACGCGGAAAGGUCCGUGGAGCAGCUCUAGCACGAUUCGCUCGCAAAAAAUAA